GCAUCACCAUCAUCACGAUCCCUGGUGUUUCCAAACUCUAACCAGUCUAGCUUAAUGACAUUAAUUUGCUCCUCUUGUCAAUCUUGGCCAAUAGCGAGCAUGGAAGGGUGAUGUGGAUCUGAAGGACAGCUAAUGUUCCCCCACCCAGCCCAGCCCCGUCCCAGCCCGCCUCUGUGGGAAGGGGGCUCGUGGAGAGGAGCGCGGAUCAAGGGGCAGACGCUUCGUCAAGUAUAAAUAGUGUGACUUCAAUAGUGAAUCGGCAGCAAGUCCGUACACUCCGCAACAAGAGGAAUUGUCAAAGAUCUCGUCACAUCAUCUCGCGUUCAGGCCGAUGUUGAUGUGUUAUGGUAGACUGCUGAGGAUCUAACGUGAAAAUUGCAUUUUUUUUCUUCUUCUUCUUCUUGGGCGCAGUGAUGGAAGAACUUACCGCGUUUGUCUCCAAAUCUUUUGAUCAGAAAGUGAAGGAAAAGAAGGAAGUGAUCACGUACCGGGAGGUGCUGGAGACCGGCUCGGUGAGAAACAGGGAGAGUCUGUCGGGAGAACCGGUGCGCGAGGAGGUGAACAGCAGCAUCACGCGGAGCGGCGCGCGCUCGUCCCCGGCCAGAGAAGCGGACAUGCUCGCGUCCGAGAGAACCAGAGACUCCAUCAGUCCCAAACUCACAGACGGUAACACAGAAAUGAAAGAACGCAAAGAGGAUUGUAAGCCGCUGGAGGAUGAGACACAGACUAAAAUCAAGCAGAGAAGGAGUCGGACUAACUUUACCCUUGAGCAGCUGAACGAGCUGGAGAGACUGUUCGACGAGACGCACUAUCCAGACGCCUUCAUGAGAGAGGAGCUGAGCCAGAGACUCGGGCUGUCGGAGGCCAGGGUGCAGGUCUGGUUUCAGAACCGAAGGGCCAAAUGCAGAAAGCAGGAAAAUCAGUUACAUAAAGGAGUUCUCAUCGGAGCGGCGAGUCAGUUUGAAGCGUGUCGUGUCGCUCCAUAUGUCAACGUGGGAGCUCUGCGCAUGCCAUUCCAGCAGGAUAGUCAUUGCAACGUGCCGCCCUUCUCCUUUCAGGUGCAGGCGCAGCUGCAGCUGGACAGCGCCGUGGCCCACGCGCACCAUCACCUGCACUCGCACCUGGCGGCGCACGCGCCCUACAUGAUGUUUCCCGCCCCGCCGUUCGGUUUGCCCCUGGCGACGCUCGCGGCGGAAUCCGCGUCGGCAGCGUCGGUGGUGGCGGCGGCAGCGGCGGCCAAAACUACCAACAAAAACUCGAGCAUCGCGGACCUGAGACUGAAGGCGAAAAAGCACGCGGCGGCGCUGGGGCUGUGACGUCACCGCGCACCGAACGCGACGCUGAAGCAGAAAAACAAACACAUUAUUUAUGUUUCCCUUUGAUGGACACGCGAGAGAAAAAGGAUAGGCUAUUUAUAAGAACACAAACUGUGAAGUGGACAAACUUUACGUGGAUCUUUUCGCGGAUGGAGGAACAACUACAAAACGUUGAAUGAACUGCGAGUAAAUAAUAAUAAUAAGUGAACUUUUGCAGAAGACAAGAAGCUGAAGCUGAAUAUAAUGAUAUAAAGCAGCUGGGACGACUGUUCGGCUGUUUGUGUGACAACGCGAACAUUUCUGCUUUAAUACGUUAUUAGUAAUUAAUGAAAAUGAAGAGGCUGGCCUCGUUUUAUUUGAAACAAAGUUUCUCUGUGGAUAUUUGUGAAAUAGGCUAUUACAGAAAUCACUUUUGUUGCCAAACAUGGAAACUCAAAUGUUAAACAUGCGUUUCUGUCCUCACGGAUAAAACACGAUUUAAUUUAAAGUUUAUGCUCUUUGAUUUCUGAAACUAAAUAAAUGAGCAUUAAAUGAAACGAUGAUCACCCCUUUGCCUGUUAAUGAGUGUAUUGUGAAUAUAAUCCAAUAUCAGGUGAUUAUUCAAUGGAGAUGCCCAUGCAGUUCACAUUAACACACAUCAGGCUUUUAUUCUCGGUGUAAAAAUCAAAUUCAGGUAAUAUACUAAUAUUGAUAUGGUACGGGCACGUGUAAAAUACCUUUGUUAGUAACGACAAAAAGAAAAAAAAAUAUUUUGGUUGUUUUAUGCUUCAUCAAGGCAUUGUGGGGAGCACUCUGGAUUUUCUUUACUAUUUCUUUUAGCUGUUGUUCCUUCAUCUUUUGUACAACCAUGUGAAUCUAAAUGUAAUGUUCAUGUUUUAUAAGGGUUAUAAAAGGACUGCGGGCACUCAUUUUUAUGAUAUCUAUGAUUUUAUCAUGACUGUGAAACGUGAACUCACCUCA